GCGCCGGGAAAGGGCGGGGGGCCGGGACAUCCCGCGUGGUCCCGCCUGCCCCCCGGUGCGCGCACACACACACACUCACUCACACAAACACUCACACACACACCCGCCCGCACACGCACCCCGCGCCCGCAACACACCCUGCGCCGCACACAGCGCAUCUCAUCGCAUCGCAUCGCAUCGCCCCGCCAGGUACGGCCGCCCCGGCGGGCAAGAGCGGCAGCGCCGGCGGCUCGGACGGGGCUCUCGGGGCGCGGAGAGCCCGCCUGAGCCGUGCCGUGCUCCGUGCGGGUGCGAGCGGCGCGGGGCAGCGCGGAUGCUCCCGUCCUAAAGGCGCGGCGAGCGCUGCCCGCGCCCCCCGCGCUGAGCCAUGGUGAUCAUGUCGGAGUACGGCUCGGCGCCCGCGGCCGCGCAGCGGCCCCUGCGAGUCGGCUUCUACGACAUCGAGAGGACCCUGGGGAAAGGCAACUUCGCCGUGGUCAAGCUGGCCCGGCACAGGGUGACCAAGACGCAGGUUGCAAUAAAAAUAAUAGACAAAACAAGGUUAGACCCAAGCAAUCUGGAGAAGAUUUAUAGAGAAGUUCAGAUAAUGAAGCUUUUGAAUCAUCCCCACAUUAUCAAGCUAUAUCAGGUUAUGGAGACAAAGGAUAUGCUGUACAUUGUUACUGAGUUUGCAAAGAAUGGAGAAAUGUUUGAUCAUCUGACCUCCAACGGGCACCUGAGUGAAAGUGAAGCACGGAAGAAGUUCUGGCAGAUUCUUUCAGCGGUGGAAUAUUGUCACAGCCACCACAUAGUGCACAGGGAUCUCAAGACAGAGAACCUUCUGCUAGAUGCCAACAUGAAUAUCAAGUUAGCAGACUUUGGCUUUGGAAACUUCUACAAGUCGGGAGAGCCCCUCUCCACUUGGUGUGGAAGCCCACCCUAUGCAGCUCCAGAAGUUUUUGAAGGCAAAGAAUAUGAAGGACCUCACCUUGAUAUAUGGAGCCUUGGGGUGGUACUGUAUGUCCUUGUCUGCGGUUCUCUGCCUUUUGAUGGACCCAAUUUGCCAACUCUGAGGCAAAGAGUGCUGGAGGGGCGGUUCCGCAUCCCAUACUUCAUGUCCGAAGACUGUGAAACACUAAUCCGACGGAUGUUGGUUGUGGACCCAACCAAGCGGAUAACCAUUUCCCAGAUAAAGCAGCACAAGUGGAUGCAGGCUGACCCAUCCCUUCAGCAGCAGCAGUCCUUGUCCUUCUCCAUGCAAAACUACAACUCCAACCUGGGUGACUACAACGAGCAGGUCCUUGGGAUCAUGCAAACGCUUGGCAUCGACAGGCAGAGGACUGUGGAGUCUCUGCAGAACAGCAGCUACAACCAUUUUGCCGCGAUUUACUACCUGCUCUUGGAGCGCCUCAAGGAGUACCGGAGCAGCCAGUUGUCCAGUCGUCCGGCAACCGGCCGCCAGCAACGGCCCAGGAGCUCCGAGAUCAGCAACGCUGAGAUGCCUCAGGACAGUCUCUCUAGCGAAACCCUGCGAUCAUCUCUGCUUUACCAGCAACCUCAGAGCCUGAUUCAGCCAUCCUUGCAGGCAGAAAUGGACUGUGAUAUAAGCAAUCCAUUACAGCCUGUGUUCUUCCCUGUGGAUACCAACUUCAACGGGCUCUUCCGGAACCGCUCCAUCUCCCCCAACAGCCUGCUGGAGACCACCAUCAGCGAGGAAGUAAGGCAAGAGAAGGAGCUGGAGGAUGAAAUCAAGGCGUAUGACCACCCCAUCCGCAUCCCUAGCAACACCAGCAGGAGGCACACGCUGGCCGAAGUGACCACCCAUUUCUACCAGCACGCCCCUCCAUGUAUAGUCAUUUCCUCUUCUGCCAGCCCCACAGAGGGAACUAGUUCAGACAGCUGCCUUACUUCAUCUUCAAAUGACAGCUCAGUGGCCCUGAGCAGCUGUUUGGCAGGUCAAGUAAUGACGGGGAGCCCGGCCACAGUGAGGAUGACGUCGCCCUUCCUAACUUCCCAGUCUGACGCUCCGGUGUUACAAGCCCAGGGCUGCAUGGGAGGCGCUUCUCUCCUGCCUGUCAGCUUCCAAGAAGGAAGGCGAGCAUCUGAUACCUCAUUAACUCAAGGCUUGAAGGCUUUUAGGCAGCAGCUGCGGAAGAACGCUCGAGCCAAGGGGUUCCUCGGCCUGAAUAAAAUCAAAGGCUUUGCUCGGCAGGUGUGUCAGUCCUCCUCAUCUCGGGCAGCGAGGAGUGGCAUGAGCCCCUUCCAACACACACAGCCCAACACCUGCCUGUACAGCAGCACUGGGAGCAGCAGAGAGGGCAGAAGCCUCCUGGAGGAGGUGCUGCAGCAGCAGAGAAUGCUCCAGUUCCAGCACCACCAGCUACUCCAGACAGCUUGUCCCCAGACUCCUCAGACACCUGCAGCGAACGGCGUCCCCUCCCCGGAGAGCCCAGGCACCUGCAAGGCGUCCAACUCCAUCCUGCUGUCGGAGCUGCAAAGGGAGAACUCCUUUGAGCUGGCCUUUGCCGGCAGCAGCCAGCUGCUCCAGCCCCACUUCCUCGGCGUGAGCGUGUCCCCGGUGUCGUCGGCGGCUCACCUGCUGGACACGCGCCUGUACAUCAGCGGCAGCGCCUCCCCCGUGGGCGCCGCCUUCUCCCAGCAGCAGAGCUUCCCCGCGCAGUCCCCGGGCUACGACGCCGUCGCUCUGCAGCACGGGGACUGCGAGAUGGAGGACCUGACCUCCAGCCGGCUCGGGAAGUUCGUCCUGGUCAAGUGAGAGAGAGAGCCCUGGCUGCUCCUGUCGGGGAGGACUUGUCGCCACCGUUCCGUGUGGCUGGCCUGGCGUCGUGUGGACGAGCGUGACUCUCAGAAGCAAUAAAAUUUUUUUUGAAGUAUGUGAAGAGGCUGUCUGGCUCGGAAAGCUGGCAACUUUAUAGGACUGAAACAAGCAAUAUGUAUGUCUUUUUUUUUUUUUUUUUUUUGCUUCUACUAUUCUUGCACUGAACAAAUACGAAUAGGAACUGAAAAAAUUUUUUUUUUUUUUUUUAAAGGAAAAAUAAUGAUGGGGAAGAUGGGUGGGGCAUUUGUGGGGACAGGGAGGGAUGUGGUUGGGGAAGAACUCUUCGGUACUGUACUCAAGUCAGACCAAUACAGCUCUGCUGUUAUGCAAGAUUAGCAGCUGUCAGUAGUGGUGACACAGCAGGGAGAGGCUUUUCAAAGAAGGGACCAGAGCCUCCCUUUUUCACAAUAUUCAUUUAUGGGUUUGUGAAGAUGAUUACCUCUUUUAAAGAAAAUAAACAGAAAACCAGUGGCAUGCAGCAUUAUGCAUUCAUAGGAGACAAAAAUGGAAGCAUUGCCAUUUGUUGUUUUUUUCUUUCCCUCCUGUUAACACUCGUCUUAUUUAAAGGAACAAACAUCCCCAUUCCUCACCUCCCAGAUACACACACUUUAAAUGAAAACUGUGAACUUCUUGCUUGAUACAUCAGCUGGAAAAGCUUAACGUGCCCUUCUAAUUAGUACAGAAGCAGUAACUAUUGAAACUGUAUCCCUUGGUAUCAGGAUCCAAAUUGCAUAAUGCCUGGUCUUUUGCAGGAAUGUUUGUUUAGGAGUGGCGUGUGUCUACAUAUACACACAUGCACACGUGCAUAUAUUUUGUUGGUCUGGAUAAUCUUUAGGAAUCUUUUUAUAAAUUCUUAAGUUUAUUCGUAUUCUUGCAGAGGCACUGAGGAGGGAAGCAGCAGUACCAGUGGGGUGAUGGGAAGGGUUUUCUUUUUAAAAAGCCCCUCCUGGAUGUUGCCUACAAAGUUGCCUGAGGGGUAUUUCUUAGUGCUGCACAUUGUUAUUUCAGCUGCUAAUUAUGUUUUUAUGCAUUUCAUUAUCAGGGUCCAAACAGAACUGACUCUUGGGGAAAUGUGCAAUAUUGAGGUUAUAAUUAUAUAUUGACAAAGACAAAAGGAAUAGGCUAGAACAGAAUUCUACUCUAACGGAGUACAGCUUUUUCUGAACAAAACUGCAUUAAAAAGUGAGUAAAACAGCACAA